ACCAGCACGGGGAAGUAUCCCAUGUGGUCGUUCAAGCAAACAGAGAACAGAUGUGUACCGUUCUAUUACACUGGUGAUGGUGGGAAUGACAACAUGUUUGAAAGUGAACAGGACUGCGUAGAAGCAUGUCCUAGUGCCUAUGUUCCAGAUGUAUGCACCUUGCCAGCCCAUCCAGGUGACUGCGACCGCUAUGAAACACGACGGUUCUUCGAUACGAAGCUGACAAGGUGUCGUCAAUUCUACUACGGUGGGUGUGGAGGAAACGAGAACAACUUCGCAACAGAGGCCGAGUGUGAGAACAGAUGCUCGGAGGAGGCAGCUGUCACCACCACAGUGCAGCCCACCAAUCGCUAUUGGAACGAUUAUUGCGUGCCCGAAGCGGAUCCAGGACCAUGCACCCAGUUUGAGGAGAUGUGGGCUUUCAGCGUGACGAGCGGCACUUGUAAAAGAUUCCGCUUUGGAGGCUGUGGUGGUAACAACAACAGAUUCCCCGACCUGAAAACGUGUUUGAGCAUCUGCGCGCCAGACCAAGAAGUGUGCCAACAGCCCAUGCAAGCGGGCCCGUGUCAAGGAUCCUUCAUGAAAUGGUUCUUCGACGCAGCUACCGGAUCCUGCUCUCAGUUCACAUACGGAGGAUGCCAAGGAAAUGACAAUCGGUUUGACUCUCGCGAGGACUGUGAGCGGCGUUGCAGAUCUCAAGAACCCGAGCCUGUUAGAACUACCACCAUAUCGCCGGUACCAAAGAUAAUUUACGAAGAAUGUCAGAUCUCGCCUGAGCUCGAGGAGUGUCAGGGUUCAGCAACUACGGUGUGGUACUUGGAUCCCUCACGGCGUGCCUGUGUUCCCCACGACAACGCAGACAACGGCAAACUCUGCAGACUCACAGGAGUCUACUUAUCAGAGGAGGAGUGCGAGCGGUUUUGUGGAGCUUUCGAGGGCAUUGAUGUGUGUCACACCGCCGUGGACCCCGGCACCUGCGGGGAGUCCAUCACCAAGGUGUUCUACAACGUCACCAGCGAUCGGUGCGAGUGGUUCACCUACAGCGGUUGUCUGGGCGGCGCCAAUCGCUUCUCUUCUAUGCAAGAGUGUGAGAUUGAAUGCAGAGCGCACGCAGACCAGGGUCGAUAA